AUGGCGCGGCCCUCGGCCGGAAGGCCGCCGUCGCCCGGUUGCGGACGUCUGGAAAUCUGCGUCAACUCAUUCGAAUCUGCUAAGAAUGUAAUCUGCAAAGUAGGUGUUUUGGUGGCUUUCCUUACUCUGUCUAGUAUCGUUUGGUUUACAGGCGCAGAUCACUCAGACGAGAGUCUCGAGUUCGAUCUCGACCAGCUCGUCAAUCAACUACCAGAAGAAGAGCGCACCCUGCCACCUUGCCCUUCUUCCGGAAGCACAUCGCCAGUGGAUGCGAGUGUCAUGAGCUCUUCCAGUCCUUCGAUCUACACCUCCUUCCUAGUCCAUCAAACUAGUCGCCAAAUCCACCAAAUCCCAUGGACGAGUUGGUCUUGCUUGAAGAUCAAAACCUAGUGGACGAUCCUAUGCUAUCAACGCCGACGAACUGGCAGUAUCAUCAUCCAAAGCUUUGAGCCCAUUUUCGGACUCAUUCCAAAGAGUUUCCAAAUACUGGAGUGAUAUCUUCUUCCUUUCGCUCUUUGUUUGUGUGUUUUCUC